AUGAACCAGAGACAGCGCGAGCUGUAUGACGAAGUCACGAAUGAGCCCAACAACGUCAUAGAGAUCGGCGACGCUGAAGCACUGGCGGUUGCUGAGGCACUCAAGGUGAACACGACAGUGACCAUGAUCAAUUUGCUCUUCAAUCAGAUUCGCGAAGUUGGAGCGCGCGCGAUUGCUGAGACACUCAAAGUGAACACCAGGCUGACUGUGCUCACUUUGCGUAUGAAUGACAUUGGCGAUGUCGGAGCGCAGGCGAUUGCGGAACUUCUCAAGACGAACACAACGCUGACUUCGCUGGAUCUGCGCGAGAACCACAUCUGUGAUGCCGGAGCGCAGGCGAUUGCCGAGGCACUCAAAGUGAACACAAAUCUGACCUUGCUCACUUUCGGCUGGAAUCACAUAGGCGAUGCUGGAGCGCAGGCGAUCUCAGCAGCACUCAAAGUAAACACGACGUUGACUUCGCUGGAUCUGAGCGUCAAUCGGAUUGGCGAUGCCGAAGCGCAAGCGAUUGCCGAGGCGCUCAAAGUGAACACAACGCUGAUUUGGCUCAAUCUGAGCUUCAAUCAGAUUGGUGAUACCGGAGCGCUAGCGAUUGCCGAGGCGCUCAAAGUGAACACAAAGCUGAUUACGCUCCGACUGGCGCACAAUGAAAUUGGCAAUGCCGCAGUUCCAUCGAUUGUCCAGGCGCUCAAAAUGAACAAGAAAAUUCGAAACAUUUGUCGAUGCACUGAGACAAACGCGCAAAAAAUGCAUUACCUAGUCCAAAGCAAGAAAGAGCCGUCGCCCGCCACGUCGGCGCUGAAUGCCGCUCCAGCCGCCGCAAGCAUUGUGCCUCAGAGUUCAGGCUCUUGCAACUGA